UUGAAGUUAUCAUUAUCGCAAGUGUAAUUUCUUGAGUAAUAUUUAAAUAAAUUAAUAAGCAUAAUUAAAAUAAUUCGUCGGCCCUUAACUCGUCAUGAAUUUUAAACUGAAGGGUUUCUAUUGAUUUUCUCUCAGUAUGCCGACAAUGACGGACGAAAGAAACUUUCGAUCGUCGUACUACGAAAAAGUAGGGUGCCGCGGUGUUGAGGAGAAGAAAUCUUUGGAAAUUCUGAUGAAAGAAAAGCCAUGGGACAGGGUUAAGCUAAAACAAUUCUGCCUAAGAUUCACCGUGCCCGCUGCUUAUAGAAAUUUGGUAUGGAAAGUGUUGCUUGAUAUACUCCCGGUGUACCCAGACUCUCACCAGUUCGUAGCGGAACAGCGGACGGACCAAUACAAUGAUCUGUUAUAUGCUGUGGAGUCCUUAGAAAUGGUUGACAUGAAGGCUCCGAGGAGUGAGAUCCUGAUGGCCAUGUGGUUGUUGGAACUGGAGGAGCGGAAACCACCAAAGUUUCCCGAAACAAAUUAUUGUUCAUCUGACACUUUCAUACCAAUAGCAAACACACUACUCCAACUGUAUGACAAUGAGGUGGACGUGUACUGGCUCUGCAAGUCGCUGACGGAGAUUGUGCGGAACAUGCAAAAGGACUUGCACAAACUGAAGGAGGCCUUCCACACCAUGCUCGAAAAGGAGGACCAAGAGCUCUUCAACCAUCUUGUUGAAAUCAAAGCACUCGAAGCGCUCCCCCUGACCGAAUGGUUCAACAGCUGCUUUGCCGGUGUUAUAGAUGACACGUCUCUUACCAAGAUAUGGGACAAAAUCUGCAGCGGUGCACCCAAGAUCCUGUCAUACGUGGCCGUGAUGCUAGUAGUGACCUUGAGAAGAAACAUAUUGAAGGCGAAAAGUCAGGACGAGGUGCUCAAAUGCGUUUCUGAGAUACCAGAACAAUGCGAGGAGGUGGUGGCGAACAAGGCCAUCGAACUGUGGCAGUACUACGCUCAGCCGCAGAACGAUCAGCUCGCGAAGAAAUGAUGUAUGACCUUCUAAUGGGCUCGCCCCAUUAGAAGACGUGAUAAUAUGUGACUGAAGUGCUGUGAAUACUCAGACUAAUGAAUAUAAAGUGCCAUCUGCUUUGUCAACCGUUGGCGGUGUGAAGUCAAAGUCAAAAGUCAAAAAUAUCUAUAUUCAAGGCCGAUAGAUGUCAAUUAUGAUGCAAAUUACAUGAGAAGUACACGGUAGUGACGUGAUGGCGAUAACCAUAUUCGUAAACUUAAAACUAAAGCGAGGGUUCCAAACGCGUCCUGGUCUAAGAAGAAGCAUACAACAAACUUAGCCAGGUGUUCUUUUUUGUUACCACCAUCUCACAUGGUCAUUUAAAAUUUUAAGAAGAGCAGCAUGGUUAACGCAAUACACACCCUAGCUUUUUUAUCGACUACAUAGUCCUUUAUACUAUAAUAGGACUUUUGUAUAUUACGUUUAAUACAAACUUUGAAUUUUCUAGCACGGGGCAUUGAUACCAACAAUGUUCCCCGAUUGGUUGAAACAAUAUUAAAAAAUGCUUUAAACUAAAUUGUGAUGAUUCUAGAGGUGGUGGCUGAUUUAAACAAAAUUAUUAUCUAAAAUAAUUUUGUAACUAAUGCACGCUUCCCUUUUAUCAAUCCGAAUGACCAUUUUAUAAAGUGUCUAUGAAAAAAGGCAGGGAUAUAUGCAGAGUAUGCUUUAUGUUCAUUAGCCGAGGGUUAAUAUGGACUGCUAAGUAAUGACAGAUACCGCGUUAUCACAGACAGUGACCGAUAUCGCGGUAUGUACGCUGUAGGACAGUUUCGGCCUUAAGAACUUAAAAAAAAAAUAACACAAUAAUGUGGAUAGCACAGAAGAGCCAAUUUUUAGGAAAAGCUUUAUAUUACAGUAGUUUUAUCGACUAUUUUUACUGUAUAAUAGUGCCUAAUAAUUAAAUGAUGAGAAUGUGUAAGAUAAAUAAAAUAAUAUGAAAUUUAA